UAUUUAUAUCGCACACUAAAAUGCAAUGUGUAUAUCUAGGUAACAUUAAAUCCUUUUCACACCGGCUUUUAACACGUCACUUGUCUGGUGUUAGUAUAAAUCGCUUAUAUAAACAAUCGCAAGCUACAAUCCCUUUCACUGAGAAUGAGCGCAAUACAGUAAACAAUGCAUUGCUGCGGUUAUGCAAUGAACAGAAGUGGAUAUCUACGUUAUACACCAAGGGUAUUCCCGCUUUUAUGGUCAACAGCGUCGAACUUCGUGAACGAUUUAUUGAGUAUAUAGAUAACAAUGACGAACUAAGAGUCACUAUACGCACUACUUUACUAGAAGCUCUCAACAACCUUCGUGUUACAAACUCAAGUGCCACUGAUGUCCUGGAUAGCACAUGCGAAACAUUGACUCCAUAUCUAUCGCAAUAUAUGCAAAAUGAGUUACCACGCGCCACUUUAGCAUUCCAUGGAGCUAAACAUUUAGCUGAUUUAACAAGACCUCUUGAAGGGUAUCAACCCCGAUCAUUUCGCCGUAAAGUGAUUGCGCAUCUAGGUCCACCAAACAGCGGUAAGACAUACGAAGCUCACCUGAGGUUGUUAGGGGCGAAAUCCGGUGUUUAUUGCGCUCCACUUCGUUUGCUAGCUUGGGAGAUGCAGCAGCGUCUCCAGGAUGAGGGUAUACAGUGCUCAUUGCUUACUGGGCAGGAUGUUAGUAUUACUACCAAAGACACACAUAUGGCAUGUACCGUUGAGAUGACACAGUUAAAUCGUGACUACGGGUGCGCAGUGAUUGACGAGAUGCAAAUGAUAGGCGACAGUAAUAGGGGCUUUGCAUGGACACGUGCAUUCCUGGGAUUGCGCACCCCCGAGUUACAUAUUUGCGGGAGUACAUCUUGCUAUUUACUGGCAAAGUCCUUCUGUAACAUGGCGGGAGAUUUGCUUGAGGUCAAGGAGCAUACCAGGCUUGGUACAGUGUCCAUUUUAGAUGAACCUGUUAAGAUAUCUGAUUUGUUACCUGGUGACUGUAUAGUCUGUUUUGCGAGGAACACUGCCUUAAGGAUCGCCACUGCCAUAGAGCGCCAGUGCUUCAAAAAUGACGGUUCCAAGCCAGCAUCGACUGUAGUUAUCUACGGGUCGCUACCGCCCGAGACUCGUAAGCAGCAGAUAAAUGACUUCAACAGCCGGAAGAAACAAAUACUGGUAGCCUCAGAUGUUAUUGGUAUGGGUGUUAACGUCAGGAUAAAGCGUGUAAUAUUCCAUUCACUAACGAAAUACGACGGCAGUCGAUAUCGCAUGCUGACAGCUGCUGAGGUCCAGCAGAUUGCAGGUCGUGCUGGCAGGUAUUCACUUAAUUGCGGCAACGGAUAUGUUGGUUGCACCCGUGAGGACGAUAUAGUCCAUUUAAAGCGCCUAAUGCGCAGGAAGGAGGAUCAGCUUGAGAGUGCGUAUAUAGCACCUUCCACGGAUACUCUAUCAGCUUUCAUAGACGCCGUAAGAGGUGUCACCGAUCCACCGGGUACACUGUCUGAAUGUAUCAAGAUAUACCGAUCGAUGGCCCAAUCAACUCAGAUGUUCAAGCUACUCGAUAUGAAGUCGAUAUUAAAAGUGGCUAACGCCUUGUCACAGAUUGAGUUACCCACGAGGACUAUAGUGGAAUACCUCUUUGUACCACUCGGGUCGCAACCUGCUUUACAACUUAUACUUCGUACGUUUGCCCUGAGCCACUCGGUGGUUAAUAACGUCAAGCUACGCAAUGUCAUCCACGAGGAUGCAAUGGAACUCCUGGAGAAUUGCGAGAAUUUUACUGUGCAGAAUAUAAAGGAACACAUUCGCCAGCUAGAGAUGUUGUACCAGAUACUGGAUGCUUAUGUCUGGCUGGGAUAUAAGUUUCCCGAUGUCUAUGUGGAUCACGUGGCAGCAGCAUCGGUUAAAGGCAAGAUUGCCCGGACCCUGCAUGAACGGCUAGAGCAGUCACUGGCAUCUGGUGAUAAUAUGGACGGCAUACCAGAGACUGACGACGAUGCCUUAGAAGCUGUUAUCGCAAGGCAACUGAUCAGGUCACAUUGAUGUCAAAUGAUAAUCAGCAUAUCUAAAUAAAUAUU